AUGGUCCUCUGUCACGUUUGCGAGGAGUGUGCACUCCGUGAUCCGACCUCUUUCGGCCACCUCGUGCGAGACCCAGUCGCCAACAAUGGUGCACGUUGCACUGGCUGUCCCCUCUACUUUUGCUACCGUCAUUUGUAUCUAAACCAUGACGGUGCAAUGUGCCAACGCGCCAGGCAAUUCUUCAUGCACGAUGAGCCCAUCACCACCACUCAUGCUUUGAUUGCGCAUUGGCUCGCAUGUGUGCCGCUUCGCGGUGAUAACGACAAUGGCUCGGUCGAUUUCUGUGCUCCCGGCCAGGACGCUAUUAACCCUGCCACUACCCGGGCCCGCGAUCGUCGCCGUGUGAGAUUUGCCCCUGAUGUCGAGGAGAUCCCCCCACGCCCCGAGGAGAGCAUCUGGAAAGGUGUCGCUUACGACGUUGUCAAGUUCCUCGCCACCGUCAUCUUUGUGCUGAUCGCCAUGAUUCCGAUCCGAAUCAUGCUCGCGCAAAUGGAAAAACUGCUUGAGCUCUUUCGCAACAUGGAUGGUGAGGGCGAGCUGUAG